UCGCUGCUUUUUCUUUCCAGCAAAGUUCGUCUAGCGUGAAUCACGUCGUAAUUGCUCCACAAAAGUAUAAAAUGUUCAUGCGGUGACUACGAAUUUGUAAUAGUCACUCAAAUUUUAAAGUGUCCAGAUCAGUGAAACCGGCAUAAUGAAGCUGUUUUUUGUAACCCUCUGCGUAUUAUUUGCGGCUGUUUACGGAGCAACCAAGUCGGAUUCGAAAUCGGAAAAGAUAUUCCAUGAAUGCUUAGAAGAAAACGAUAUUAAAGAAAGUGAUUUCAAAAACUUGGAAGGCAAGAAAGAUCCGAAAAUGCGUUGCCUCAUGGCUUGCAUUCUUGAAAAAGAAGGAGCUUUAAAAGAUGGGGAAAUUGAUGGCGAUGUAAUCAAAAAAGAUAUAAUUGCUGAAUUCACGGAGGUUGAUGCACAAAAAAUAAGCGAUGCCAUAGAUACAUGUGUCGAUGGAGCAAACGAUUUAUCAGAUAUUUGCGAAAAAACUUCGUUUAUUGGAGAAUGUCUCAAGGUGGAAUUGGACAAACUAGAAAUGAAUAUGAAUUAAUCAAUGAUGUUCAUUUUUAGUAAAAUAUAUGUUUAAAGGUGUUGGACCAAUAAAAAAAAUUAUGAAUCUUACUAA